AUGAACGAGCGGUACCCCAUAGUACACAUCAGUCGACCGACAAGUCGUCAGAGCUGGACCUCUGGAGGCCAGCGACCUGACAUUCCAGGACAGUUCGGUAAUGAAGGCGGUGCUGGGAGCAGAAAGCCGAGUGUGGACCAGUGCAAGCCAGCUGCUACAACGCGGCAAGAGCUGCCUUCGCAUCAAGUCUAUUCAAUUGCCGGACCCGAGACCAUCAUGCCAGACUCAACUCGUCCGGCUAUCUCGACUUCUCCCAAGCAAGCCGGAUCUGCCGCCAGCAGCCGCUUUUCCAGCUCACUCGCCUCUCGUCUGGCACCCAAGCGGCCCAAGUCCGCGUAUGAGCUCCGUGUCAACUAUAAGAACAACCCGUCGGGCACAUCCAAGGCGUUGGAAGUCCAUCGCAAGAAGCCCGUCGUGGACGCCAGUCAUCUCCUCGAAGACAGCACCAUCAUGAACAUUUCCGCCGGUCCGUACGCUUCGUUGUCGGAGAACACCCGGCCUGCUCUGCCCGCCAUCUCGAGCUCGGAAUGGCUCGCGACGGGGCGGAAGGGCAAAGAAGUGAGGAAGGCGAGCUCGAUGAAUCCGGUUCGGAAUUCCAAGGCUGUAGAGGGGGGGUCCUCGCCGGGACAGAGGCUGGUUACGAGUUGGUUGGGGGAGCGGAGGGAGAAGGAGAAGGAGAAUUCUCCGGCUGGUGCUUUUGUUUGA